AACUCACCGCUCAGCAGCAGAUGCCGCACAUCUCCAUCCACCAAUAAUCCACUAUCACACCAGAUUCUAAUAACAGACACACUGAGCAUUACUAUGCUACUAUUUACAGCCAUGCUUGUACUACUCUGGGCUUUUUGUCCUUUAACUACGGCAGGCCGACUAAGAACGCUGCACGUCGAAUAUGAAAGUACUGGAAUGAAUUUCACCGCAGCUCGGAACAUAUGCCAAAGUAAAUAUACUGACCUUCUCACGGAGUAUAAUGAGCAAAUCAACAAGGAAAUAGUUAAAGAGCUGUUAGAAAUACCUAAUUUGGACGUCCACAGUGUGAAAUGGUCGGAUGGAGCUGCCGUCACAUUUUUCAACUUAACAGGAAAUUGUGGCAGUGAUUGCUGUGCUGCUAUGAAAGCAGAUAAAGAGUGGGACUCUGUUAACUGUACAAUAACAAAACCCUUCGUGUGUUUUGAUAAAGGCUAUACAAAAUACAUAGUUAUAGAUAAGAAGAAAUCCUGGUUUGAAGCUCAGCAGGACUGCAGACAAAAUGAUACUGAUUUAUUCACUAUCAGAAAUGUGAGUGAAAAUGAGAAUUUAGAAACCGCUAAGGAUAGUAUUUGGAUUGGUCUACAGCAUAGAAAGAUCGACAAGUCUUUUACAAACUUUGCAAAUCAGAGUUUAUUCUGCAUUUAUCAAGGGAAGUGGUAUCAAAGUAUCAAAUCUGAGGUCCAUGCUGUCUGCUACAAAAGCUACAUUCACGUGAGCACUCAUGAAAUGUCCUGGGAAAAAGCUCUGGAUUAUUGCAAUGCUUCUGGCCUACUGCGCAUCGAGUCCAAAGACGAUCAGAUAGAAACAGAGGAAGAAUUACAACGACAAAAUCUUUCUGAACCGGUGUGGAUUGGACUUCGACAGAGUCGCCUUUUUGGUUUCUGGAUUUGGAUGAAUGGACCUAACGUGGGAAACUGGACUAACUGGAAAGGAGGACGUCAACCUGAACAUCAGAUCUCUCAUCACUGUGGUGUCAUGGAGAAGGUGGACGGCACAUUCAAAUGGGCUGAUAAAGACUGCAGAUCUAAAUUUAGAGUUUUAUGUGAGAUAAGAUAAAUUUUGCAUUAUUCUGCUAUCAUUUUGCAUCAAUUGCUUUGCUUAUAUUCUCUGUUUUAAAACUAAUUCCUGAAGCAUUGUCUACUCUUUUUUUCUUUAUAAAUCUUAAUAAAUGAAUCAUAUAUUUCUUAAAAUAUACUGUAUCCUAAAUUGACUAUCCAGGUAUUCAACAACAGCAAAUCUUAAAGGUGUAAAUUGUUUCAUAAAUGAUAUUCUCUGAUACAUUUACCUUUUGUUAAUAUUGUUUAUGCAUGUUGAUUCCUUUUAUGAUGCUGAUUUGUAGGCUUGAAAUAUUAAUAUCUUUUUAAUCCCAUCUAUAUGACACAAAAAUAAAAUGUUCAUCAUCAUUUAUUCGCCCUCAUAUUGAUCAAAACCUGUAUGUGACUCUUUCUUCUGUGGAACACAAAAGAAGACAUCUAUGGUCAUUUUUUGGUA